AUGGCGGAAGGCUCCCUCGCCUCUGCUGUCGCAUUGCCCGAACAGGAAAACGUGAUCACAUCGCCAGACGCCGGGUUCAAGCGGCGCCAAUCCUCCAUCUCGAACCCCGACGCAGAGAACAAACGACGCCGACUCAGCAGCACCACACAAGAUGACCAUGAUCACCACGAUCGUCGUCCCUCUAUCACAGACCACAAACAACACUCCCCGGACGCCGAGCGGAGAGCGGAUCGGAAACCCACCCGGCCCGCCGGCGGACGCGACGAGGAACGGAAGCGCGGACAGAGGCUAUUCGGUGGGCUGCUAGGGACGUUAUCGCAGAGCUCGAACUCAGCGGCGCAGAGACGUCGCGCGGAUAUCGAGCGCAGACAGAAGGAUAAACUGAAGUUACAGGAUGAGGAGUAUGACGAGCUGAAGAAGAAGAGACGCGGGGAGAGGGCGGCGAUUCGGAAGAAGGAGCAGAGGCUGUAUGAGGAGGAAUCGAUGCGAACGCGCCACGCAAACUUGCUGGCUAUGGCUCAUUUCUUGAAGACGAGGGCUGAGCCGGUAUUGUAUUACAAGCCGUGGCAACUUCGUCCGGACGACCAUACGAUCAUACGAGACCAGAUUGAGGAUGCGGAGGCUACGAUCUCUCGCGAAGUGGCAGAGUUCGAGGCGCGUUACCCGCCUCAGCAGGAGGAACCUCAGGAGCAGACAGAGCAGCAGGAACAGUCCGAGCCUACACAGGUAGCGAACGCGGAGCCAGCUGCGGCGCCAGAGAAGGGGACAGAAGCAGAGGCCGAUACAAAAGAGAAGGAAACAACGAACGAAGCUUCACACCCGGCAGACGAUGCACAGCAUGAAAAGAGCACCGAGAACGCACCGACUGACGUUACGCCCACUAAUGAUAACAAUGUUCCCGUCAACAGCGAGCAUUCAGAUGUGCACCGAGGCCAUGAAGACGACGGCGGCGAGGUGGUUGAGGACCAGGAGGAUACUGUAAUCUAUUAG